UUUAGAAUGGCUCGCUUCGAAGACGACAUGCGAUUCGGAGGUGGCAGUCCAGCGAGUAGUGGGAGGGGGGCAACCCGGCAGGCAGGCCCCCCAAGCGGCCCAAGGAUGUACAAGCAGUCGAUGGCCCAAAGAGCCAGAACAAUGGCCAUAUAUAACCCGAUCCCUGUCAAACAGAACUGUCUUAGUGUCAACCGGUCCCUUUUCAUCUUCAGCGAAGAUAAUAUCAUACGGAAAUAUGCAAAGAAAAUAACCGAAUGGCCUCCAUUUGAGUACAUGAUUCUAGCCACCAUCAUUGCCAACUGCAUUGUCCUGGCCCUGGAGCAGCAUCUGCCAGCGAGCGACAAGACGCCCAUGUCAGAACGACUGGACGAUACGGAACCAUACUUCAUUGGAAUAUUUUGUUUUGAGGCGGGAAUCAAGAUCAUCGCUCUCGGCUUUGCAUUUCACAAAGGCUCCUACCUCCGAAACGGAUGGAAUGUAAUGGAUUUUGUAGUCGUGCUAACAGGGAUUCUGGCCACUGUGGGUGCAGACUUUGACUUGCGGACACUCCGAGCAGUGCGUGUUCUCCGUCCUCUCAAGCUGGUGUCCGGAAUUCCAAGUCUCCAAGUGGUCCUGAAGUCUAUCAUGAAAGCCAUGGUGCCUCUACUCCAGAUCGGGCUUCUGCUCUUCUUCGCCAUCCUCAUGUUCGCCAUCAUCGGCCUGGACUUCUACAUGGGGAAGUUCCACAAAACGUGCUUCAGGAUCGAUACGGGUAAUCCAAAAGGGGAGCAAGCGGCCGACUUUCCCUGCGGCAUGGACCUUCCGGCUCGGACCUGUCCCAACGGCACCCUGUGUCGGGAAUUCUGGAUCGGUCCCAACUACGGGAUCACCAACUUCGACAACAUCCUGUUCGCCAUCCUGACCGUCUUUCAGUGCAUCACCAUGGAGGGAUGGGUGGACAUCUUGUACAAUGCCAAUGAUGCCUCAGGAAACACCUGGAACUGGCUCUACUUCAUCCCCCUCAUCAUCAUCGGUUCCUUCUUCAUGCUCAACCUGGUGCUGGGAGUGCUGUCAGGGGAGUUUGCUAAGGAGCGUGAGCGCGUGGAGAAGAGGCAGGAGUUCCUCAAGCUGAGGAGGCAGCAGCAGAUCGAGAGGGAGCUGACCGGCUACCUGGAGUGGAUAUGCAAGGCAGAGGAAGUCAUGCUGGCCGAAGAGGACAAGCACGCGGAGGAGAAGUCUCUAGACGGCGCCUGGUACAAGAGGAAACCCACCAGCAGCUCAGUCUUAAAAAGAGUAAAAAAGAGCAAGAAUGACCUUAUCAACGCCGAGGAAGGGGAGGAACACUUCACUGACAUCUCAUCAGUUGCACCCCAAGGAUCCCCGUUUGCCAGGGCCAGCGUCAAGAGUGCCAAGAACGACAGCUCCUACUUCCGGCGGAAAGAGAAGCGGGUCCGCUUCUUCAUCCGGCGCAUGGUGAAGUGCCAGGGCUUCUACUGGACCGUGCUGUGCCUGGUGGGGCUCAACACACUGUGUGUGGCUAUCGUGCACUACGACCAGCCCGAGGGACUCACCUAUGCUUUAUAUUUGGCAGAGUUUGUGUUCCUGGCUCUGUUUCUGACAGAGAUGACUAUGAAGAUGUACGGCCUGGGACCCAGGACCUACUUCCAUUCCUCAUUCAACUGCUUUGAUUUUGCAGUUAUUAUUGGCAGCAUUUUUGAGGUUGUCUGGGCCGCUGUGAAACCGGGAGCCUCGUUUGGCAUCAGCGUACUCCGAGCUCUACGCUUGCUGCGGAUAUUCAAAGUCACAAAGUACUGGAACUCUCUGCGGAACCUUGUGGUGUCCUUGCUGAACUCCAUGAAGUCCAUCAUCAGUCUCCUCUUCCUCCUCUUCCUCUUCAUCGUGGUCUUUGCCCUCCUGGGCAUGCAGCUCUUUGGUGGACAGUUCAAUUUCGAAGAGGAGACCCCCACGACAAAUUUCGAUACAUUUCCAGCUGCCAUACUCACCGUGUUCCAGAUUUUGACAGGAGAAGAUUGGAAUGCCGUGAUGUAUCAUGGGAUUGAAUCGCAGGGCGGCGUGCGGCGCGGGAUGUUCUCCUCCGUCUACUUCAUCAUUCUGACGCUCUUCGGGAACUAUACCCUGCUCAAUGUCUUUUUGGCCAUUGCGGUGGACAACUUGGCAAAUGCGCAAGAGCUUACAAAGGAUGAGGAGGAGCAGGAGGAGGCCAUCAAUAAGAAGCUGGCCCUGCAGAAGGCUAAGGAGGUGAAGGAGGUCAGCCCCAUGUCAGCUGCCAACAUCUCCAUCACAGCGAGUUAUGUCUGCUCUCCCGCCCAUCACUACAUGAGGUAAAGUAGGGAGCAGCAGAGGUCGUCCAGCAAGCUGAUGUCGGUGUGGGAGCAGCGCACCACGCAGAUGCGCCGCAACAACCUGCGGGCCAGCAGCGAGGCGCUGUACAGCGAGCUGGACCCCGAGGAGCGCCUCCGCAUCUCCUCCGCCUUGCACAUUCGGCCCGACAUGAAGACCCACCUGGACCGGCCGCUGGUGGUGGAGCCCCACGACGGCAGCUCCGUGGGUGGCGCCUACACCACAUCCAACAACCACCACCACCACCACCACCAUCACCACAACAACAACAACCAGGCCGCCGCCGCCGGGGCCACAGACGGCACACAGCAGCCCCCGCGCAAGCACCACAGGCAUAAAGACAGGCGAGAGAAGGCCAAUGAGAAUGGAGAGACAGGUGGUGGCGCUGGUGGUGGUGGUGGUGGAGGGGGGAACAGCAACAGGGAGGGAGGACGGCAUCACGUUCACCACAGCCGCAGCAAGGACCACGAGGGCUCGCGGUGCCGGGAAGGCAAAGGCGACCGCAGCCGGAGCAGAGAGGGGGGGCACCGGCACCACCACCACCGGCAGCAGUCCAGCGAGGGCAACGGGGUCGACGAAGGAGGUGGUGGUGGUGGUGGAGGAGGCGAGAGGGAGCACCACCACCACCAUCACCGACAGCAGUCGAGCGAGGGCAACGGGGUGGUGAACAGCGGAGGCAAGAGCAAGAGGAGUUUGCGGCACCGGGGCGGGUCGAGAUCGGGGGACCGCGACGGAGACCGGUGCUCGCGGGGGGAGAACGGAGGAGGCAACGGCGAGAGGAGCAGCAGACACAGGCCUCGCAGCGGCAAGUCUCAGACCACCACCGCUGACGGAGAGGAGGGCCGAGAGGGCGGCGAGAAGGACGCCAGCAGGACUCACAGGCACAGACCCACAGACGGGGAAGGUGACUCUGUGGGAGGCCCCAUGCAGCCACAGCCCCCUCCUGGCUCUGGCUCGCGGUGGGAACGGGUGGAGGACUCAGACAACCAGAGGAACAACAAGCAGACGGGCCAGACGGGCCAGAUCGGCAUCCACAUCCCUGUCACCAUCACCUCCCCACCCGGAGAGACCACGCUCAUACCAAUGAACAGUAUAGAUAGUGAGACCAUGCCGAUGACGGAGGAGAAGAGGAACCUGGAUGACCUGGCCCAGAGCAACCUGCGGCCCAUCCUGCCCUACAGCUCCAUGUUUGUCUUCGGCCAGACCAACCCAGUGAGGCGCCUGUGCCACUACAUGGUGAGCCUGCGCUACUUUGAGAUGUGUAUCCUGGUGGUGAUAGCCAUGAGCAGCAUAGCCCUGGCAGCUGAGGACCCCGUACAGGCCAAUGCUCCUCGCAACAACGUGCUGAAGUAUUUGGAUUAUGUCUUUACUGGGGUUUUCACUUUUGAGAUGGUGAUCAAGAUGGUGGAUCUUGGGUUGAUUCUGCACCCGGGCUCCUAUUUCCGGGACCUAUGGAACAUCCUGGACUUCAUUGUGGUCAGUGGAGCCCUGGUCGCCUUUGCCUUCUCGAGCUUCAUUGGAUCGCACCAAAGCGUGACCAGAGGCACCAAGGGAAAGGACAUUAGCACCAUUAAAUCACUCAGGGUGCUACGAGUGCUACGGCCUCUCAAAACCAUCAAGCGACUGCCCAAGCUCAAGGCCGUGUUUGACUGCGUGGUGAACUCCCUGAAGAACGUGCUGAACAUCCUCAUCGUCUACCUCCUCUUCAUGUUCAUCUUCGCCGUCAUCGCUGUGCAGCUCUUCAAGGGCAAGUUCUUCUACUGCACCGACGAGUCCAAAGGCCUGGAGAAGGACUGCAGGGGCCAGUUUUUGGACUACGACAAGGACGAGGUGUCUGCGCAGCCCCGGGAGUGGCGGAAGUACGAGUUUCACUAUGACAACGUCCUCUGGGCUUUCCUCACGCUCUUCACCGUGUCCACAGGGGAAGGCUGGCCCACGGUUUUAAAGCACUCGGUGGACGCCACCUUUGAGGACCAGGGCCCCAGUCCAGGCUACCGGAUCGAGAUGUCCCUCUUCUACGUGGUCUACUUUGUGGUCUUCCCCUUCUUCUUUGUCAACAUCUUCGUGGCCUUGAUCAUCAUCACCUUUCAGGAGCAGGGGGACAAAGUCUUAUCGGAGUGUAGUUUGGAGAAGAAUGAGAGGGCUUGUAUUGACUUUGCCAUCAACGCCAGACCACUUACACGCUACAUGCCUCAGGACCCACAAUCCUUUCAGUACAAGAUGUGGAAAUUUGUGGUCUCGCCCCCCUUCGAGUACUCCAUCAUGAUCAUGAUCGCACUCAACACUGUCGUCCUUAUGAUGAAGUUUCACGGUGCCCCGGAUUUCUACGAGGCCAUGCUCAAGUACUUGAACAUUGUCUUCACUGCCCUCUUCUCAAUGGAGUGUAUCCUCAAGAUCAUUGCCUUUGGCCCACUGAACUACUUGAAAGAUGCGUGGAACGUCUUCGACUUUGUCACUGUACUGGGGAGCAUCACUGACAUCCUAGUCACUGAGAUCAACGUAAGUCGUCUGUUAAACCUGAGCUUCCUGAGGCUCUUCAGGGCAGCACGUCUGAUCAAGCUCCUCCGCCAGGGCUACACCAUCCGCAUCCUCCUCUGGACCUUCGUCCAGUCCUUCAAGGCGCUGCCCUACGUUUGCCUUCUCAUCGCCAUGCUGUUCUUCAUCUAUGCCAUCAUCGGAAUGCAGGUUUUUGGGAACAUCGAGCUGAACGAGGACACGGCGAUCAAUCACCACAACAACUUCCGCACCUUUCUGCAGGCUCUGAUGCUGCUCUUCAGGAGUGCCACUGGUGAGGCGUGGCAUGAAAUCAUGCUGUCGUGUCUGAGCCAGCGCACGUGUGACGAGAGAUCGGGCACGCAGGGCAAGGAAUGCGGCAGUGACUUUGCCUACUUCUACUUCGUCUCAUUCAUCUUCCUCUGCUCCUUCCUGAUGCUGAAUUUGUUUGUGGCCGUCAUCAUGGAUAACUUUGAGUACCUGACCCGAGACUCGUCCAUCCUGGGCCCCCACCACCUCGAUGAGUUCAUCCGGGUUUGGGCAGAGUACGACCCGGCAGCCUGCGGACGCAUUUCCUAUAAGGAUAUGUACAAUUUGUUGCGCAUUAUCUCUCCUCCCCUUGGCUUAGGGAAGAACUGCCCUAAUAGGGUAGCCUACAAGCGUCUGGUGAAGAUGAACAUGCCCAUCGCCGAUGACAACACGGUCCACUUUACCUCCACCCUCAUGGCUCUCAUUCGCACCGCGUUGGAGAUCAAGCUGGCCUCAGGGAUGGUAGCCCAGCGACUGAGCGAUGCCGAGCUGAAAAAGGAGCUGGCAACGGUGUGGCCUAACCUGUCCCAGAAAACCAUGGACCUGCUGGUGACUCCACACAAACCCAAUGAGUUGACGGUGGGGAAGGUGUACGCCGCCUUGAUGAUCUUCGACUACUACAAGCAGAACCUGGCUCAGAGGCAGAAGGAGCAGGCCGCGGCAGCCCAGAACGCCCCCUCCACCACAGGCAGUCAGCAUAUCCCACCGAAGAAGAUGGACGCCCUCGUCCAGCCGAUACUGCCGCUCACUAAUAUGCCGGACAUGGACGUGAACAGCAUGGACUGUCCCUCGGAGCCUCAGGCCCAGACCCGGCCCAAUUCCACCACCUUUAACAAUGGCCGCACGCAGCAUUGCCAUGACAGUAGCAUCAGGGGAUCGUCCUCCUGGGCGUCAGAGAAGCCUCGGGAGUUGCAGAGGCCCAGCAAACGGCCCCUCCUCAGAGGACCGUCAGGGGAUGACGCUGAUCCAGACACUGCCCAGGAGUCUGUUGAGAUGAGAAAGAUGGAGCACAGCAGCAACCCUGGAGCCUCGUGUCUGGAGAGCCAGGGCAGGGCAGCAUCCAUGCCCAAACUCAGUGCAGAGAUGCAGAGGAGCCACUCCAGACACACCCCUGGGACGCUUCUCGCCCCGAUUCCUGACUCCAGCCCCAUGAAGCGUUCUGCGUCCACCGUCGCUCCACAGCGCUCCCAGGAGGUGAACCUACGCGACUACACCCUGGAGCGACCGGCCCCCAUCCAGGCCCAGGCCCAGGAGAGGCCCCAUCACCACCACCACCACCACCGCUGCCACCACCGCAGGGAACGCGACAAGAAGCAGAGGUCGCUGGACAGGUCGCCCAGCGGCCAGCCUCCCAACAACCUGGGCACCACAGGGGAGCCCCCGGGGGACCCCUCGACCCGAGAGCGGGUGCACGACCGGGGCCGCUCGCACGAGAGGAAGCACCACUCGUCCUCGGGCGACAAGCAGCGCUACUACUCCUGCGACCGCUACAGCAGCCGGGAGCGCUGUGCCAACGCCUCCGCGCCCACCGCCAAGUCCACCACUGCCAGCUGUGCCACCUCCCCCAGCGAGGGCCUAGAGCCUGGACUCAACAAGCAGGGCAGUGGCUGGGCUAAGGGGAGCCCGGUGAUGUCCAUCUCGGGGGCUAGCACCCCCAGCCGCGGCCGCAGGCAGCUGCCCCAGACCCCCCUGACCCCCCGACCCGGCGUGGCCUACAGGACUGCCAACUCCUCCCCCGUCUUCUUUGUCAUCGGCGCCCAGAGCCAGGCCGGCGGCGGGCCGAGCCCGGGCCGGCUGAGCCGCGGCCAGUCCGAGCACAACGCCCUCCUGCACAGCGGCCGCGAGCGCGACUCGCCCUCCCACCACCCCUUCAUGCGACUCGGGGGCUCGGAGCCUUUCCUCGGCCCGCCGGAGCUGCUCUACGGCGGUGGUGGUGGCGGAGGAGCAGCGUCAGCAGUGGGGAUCGCAGCGGGGACAGCGAUGGGGCACCUUCCUCUGCCACCGCCGCCGCGGCCGUCGCGCUCACAGCAGCACUCCCCCUGCGGCAGCUACCGGGACGAGCUGGCCUGCCUCCAGGAGGUGACGUCGGCAGGGAGCAUGCACGCCCUCGUCGGACAGCCCCCUUCGCCCCUCCGUCCCGGGGCCCUCGCCGCUGCUACUGGUGCCCACCAACAGGGGAUGCUGCCUCCACCGCUGCCGCCCCAGCUGUACCGCGGCGGCGGGGGUGGUGGGGGUGUGGCCAACGGGUACCACCUGAACUUGGGUGCCGCUCACGGGGGAAGCCAGGUGUCGUUGGCCAGGUCGCCGCGAUACUACCUGGACGCCGGGGAGGACGAAUGGUGCUAG